CUUACUGGUUUUUUUCUUUAAUCACAGGUGAAAUUUAGAUGACGAUGUCGUUUUGAGUUUUAGCCUUUGAUGUUCUCGUUCUGCUGUGAAGCCUUCACAAUCCACUGCACAAUUUUCCCGCGCAGUUGAUGUUCUCGUUCUGCUCAUGCCGCCACACCUCACUCCUCGUAUCUCUCUCUCUUAACGUCGCCACAAAACUCACCUCCCGAUCCCCUGUCUCCAUCUCCUCUAAGCAUUUCUUUAAUUCCACCACACUAAACCCUAGUGCACGAACAAUGUCUGGCUCUUCCCGCUCAGCUUUUGAUGUUCUCAUGGCCAAUGCUUCCAAGAAGAAAAAUCAACCGUCCAAGGCUAAAGAAUCAUCACCACGGAAACGUAAAAGCCCAUCUAAACCCCAAUCCCAAACCCCUGAUUUACUUCCACAAAAGGAAGACACACCAGCACCCACUGAAAAUCAAGAUGUUGUGCAGAAUUCGCGCUCGUGUGAAAUCGGUGGGUUGAAAGAUUCAGGUUCAAAUCAAAUUCAGACUAGUAGUAAUGCGGAUAAAGGCUUGGUGGUUGCGAAGAAGCCGAAGUUGUCAAUUACGCCAGAGGAGAGUGUAUCGGAGUUGAAGAAAAAGGCUGUAGAAUUCAAAGCGAAGAAGGCGGCGUAUUGGGGUGAAGGAAAACGGGUGCCUUUCAUGUUUUUAGCAAAGACGUUGGAGGCUGUCUCUAAGGAGUCAGGCAGGAUUGUUAUCACAGGCAUCGUGUGUAAUAUGCUGAGGACAGUGAUGGAGACAGCGCCGGAUGAUCUCUUGGCGGUUAUGUACCUUUUGGUGAAUAGGAUCGCACCUGCUCAUGAGGGUUUGGAGCUUGGUAUUGGGGAAUCUUCGAUUAUCAAGGCACUUGCUGAGGCUUGUGGGGCUAAAGAAGCACAUAUUAAGAAGCAAUACGAGGAACUUGGUGAUCUAGGCCUUGUAGCAAAAGCCAUACGUACGUCGCAGCCUUUGUUGCGUAAACCAGAACCGUUAACCGUUGUUAAAGUCUUUGACACAUUUAGGCUGAUUGCCAAGGAAUCUGGGAAAGAUAGUCAAGAGAAGAAAAAGAAUCUCAUAAAGGCAUUACUAGUUGCAACAACUGAUUGCGAACCUCAAUUUUUGAUUCGUUUGCUCCAGACAAAAUUACGUAUUGGUUUGGCAGAACAAACUCUAUUGGCUGCAUUAGGGCAUGCUGCUGUAUAUUCAGAGAAGCAUUCAGUUUCUGCGAAGGCUGAUCAUUCGCUCGAAGAAGCUGCAAAAAUCAUCAAACAAGUUUAUUCUGUAAUUCCAGUAUACGAUAAAAUCAUUCCGGCUCUUCUUUGUGGUGGUGUGUGGGAUCUACACAAGACAUGUAGCUUUUCACCCGGUAUUCCUGUCGGACCCAUGUUAGCUAAACCUACAAAAGGAGUAUCUGAAAUUGUGGAAAAGUUUCAAGGUAUGGAAUACACCUGCGAAUACAAGUAUGAUGGAGAACGUGCUCAGAUACACUAUAUGGAGAAUGGCUCAGUAGAGAUAUACAGUAGAAAUGCAGAGCGGAACACUGGAAAGUUUCCAGAUGUUGUUGCUGCUAUCACUAGAUUGAAAAAGCCUUCUGUAAAAUCAUUUGUUCUUGACUGCGAACUUGUUGCAUACGAUCGCGAAAAACAGAAAAUCCUACCUUUCCAGAUACUCAGCACUCGUGCUCGGAAAAAUGUUGUCAUGAAUGAAAUCAAAGUCAAUGUUUGCAUAUAUGCUUUCGACAUUCUCUAUCUUGAUGGCCAACUACUCCUGCAGGAGCAACUGAAUGUUCGUAGAGAGCACCUUUACAAAUCAUUUCAAGAAGAACCUGGUUUUUUCCAGUUUGCUACUGCUAUAACAUCAGAUGAUCUUGAGGAAAUACAAAAGUUUCUAGAUGAUGCUGUUAAUUCAAGCUCUGAGGGGUUGAUUAUCAAAACAUUGAAAAAAGAUGCUACGUAUGAACCUUCAAAAAGGUCACUUAACUGGCUAAAACUGAAGAAAGACUACAUGGACACUAUUGGUGAUUCAUUAGAUUUGGUCCCCAUUGCUGCAUUCCAUGGCAGGGGUAAACGUACUGGUGUCUACGGUGCCUUUCUCCUUGCAUGUUAUGACAAUGACAAAGAAGAAUUCCAAAGCAUAUGUAAAAUCGGAACUGGAUUUUCUGAAGCUAUGCUUGAAGAACGUUCUUCUAGUCUUCGCUCAAAAGUUAUUGAGAAGCCAAAGUCAUAUUACAGGUAUGGAGAUACACUUAGUCCGGAUGUGUGGUUUGAACCUAGUGAGGUUUGGGAGGUCAAAGCGGCUGAUCUUACCAUUAGCCCCGUUCACCGAGCUGCCGUUGGCACCGUAGAUCCCGACAAGGGAAUUUCUCUGAGGUUUCCACGUUUACUUCGUGUGCGAGAAGAUAAGAAUCCAGAACAGGCCUCCUCAUCUGAUAUGGUUGCUGAUAUGUACAACGCACAGAAGCACACCCAGAAAGACAACCAAUAUGAAAAUGAUGAUGUUUGAAAUGGGAAAGAGUGGCUUUCAUUAAUUCUGGAAGUGUUAUCUCUUAUAUCAACGCUGAAGGUGGAGCGGGUAAUAUAGGAAGUAGUUGGUGCUCAAGAUUCAGGAGUUCGGCAUUAGAUUGGUAAGACUUCCAAUUGAAAUAUUUUUCCUUUAAUUUAUACUGUGUGAAUGAGGAAACAAUUUUAUGAUAAACUAAUGGGGCCUGAGAGCUAGCAAAUUUUCAUGUUACUAGAAUUUAGAAGUAUGUAUUAGUUUGGUAGCCUUACAAAGGAAAAUAUUAUAUCCAUGCCACAUGGAAUGCACUUGCAAUUUUAAUGGAAAAAUGUAUGGCCUAUUGUUAA